AUGCAAGUCGAAGACGCGUAUCCGACCGCAAACGACGGGUUUCAAAUCGAGUUCCUCCGAUGGGGUGGCGGACGUAAUUUUGCGAACAACGCGUCGUCGUCCUCCUCCUCCUCGUCCCCCUCGUCGCGUGCUCCAGAAAACGUCGUGAUACUAUUGCACGGAUGGAGCGGUGGUCCAGAGUAUUUUCAAUUCUGCAUGCAAACGCUGAAACACAACGAAAAGACGUGCUAUCUCGCGCCGAGACUGCGAGGCCACGGGUGUAAAGACGACGCGAAAGGCAAAUUUCACAUCGCGCGUUUGGCAAAAGACGUGCACGACCUCAUCCAAUGGUUGAAGAAGAAACAGAUUUGCGCGGAAAAUCAACAGUUUUCUUUCGUUGGCACUAGUAUGGGCGCGUCAGUUAUUUGGUGUUUUGUGGAACUGUUCGGUGAAAGUGAGGUGAAGAAUUACACGUUCGUCGAUCAAGCGCCAUUACAAAACGUUCGAAGCGAUUGGUGCCUAGGUUCCACCGGGUGUUUCGACGAAGUGUCGUUGAAAAAUUUGCAAAGUGCGGUGCUCAAAGGUCCCGACUUGUCUGAGUUUGCGGAUGGUAACGAACGCGCGUGCGUAGCCGAAGGAUCUAAUUUUAAAUGCGAGAAAGAAGUGAAAAUGUGCACUUUGAGUUGCAAGCCAGAAGCUUUGGCAGAGCUGAUGGCAGACCACACGAAUCUGGAUUGGCGACCGUUGGUUGGGAGCUUAGAGAAGCCAGCGCUCGUGGCUGUCGGAGAGAAGACGCAAAUUUUUCCGUGGAAAGGCGUGGCGUACGUAGGAUCUUUGAUGAAGAACGCGCAAACGAUGGUAUGCAAAGACUGCGGGCAUUGGUUAUAUCUAGAACAACCUGGUUUGUUUGGGUUUGCGCUUUCUAACUUUAUUUCCACGUCUGAGUCGGGUGAGAGUCAAGGACAAAUUUUACUUCAUAGACGCGAAAUCGGUCGACUAUCGGUUCGUCGGCGGCUCGCCGGGACACUAUAA